AUGACCGGCCCCGGAGAUAAGACAUUCAAGCAGCUGUGGCGGGAGUUAUGCAAGGACGGAUGGAAGCCCCGCAAACCCACGCGCAUGGCCAAGCAUCACCGCUACGUGAAGCCAGGAAUCACGGGACGCGAAGCUGAACUCAUGGCAUUUGGACGUGCAUCCGGUCGUCUCCAGCAUCCACUCCCAAGCGUGCGUGUUGGCCCUGCACAUCGUCCGAUUGGCAAGCAAGCAUCGUACGAAGCUGUUGGGGAGGAACCUCCCCAUGGCCAUCCACCGCUCACCACGUCCGCGCCACCACCUUCCGUAACGGCGACUGAAUCCGCCCAAACUCCAGAAGUAAGUGCUCCUCAAGUCAGUGCACGUGUUCAACCUCUAGCGACCGCUCCGUUGACGCCGGAGGUGAAUCCGGCAGGACUACAGCCAUCGACUGAAGUUCAAGCUCAACUGGCUAUAACGGAUGGUACAGAACAAGAUGAAGCCUUGCAGGUCCACGAUCUGGAUAAUACAGAACAUGGGAAUACGGAGUUUACAGUCCCGGGGGAUACAGAACAAGAAAGGAGAAAUGAAGGCUCUGAUACAGAAUGGAACCCGCGAGAGAAAUCAACGGAAGCUGAUGAAGCAAAGAGCGAGAGUGACGACCCUGCGGAUUAUCGUGUAGAUUUUGAUGUGUUUGAUAGCGACAACUUCAUGGAGGGUCUCUGA